AUGUUUUCCCUUAAACAGAUCCUUACUGCUUCGGCCAUUCUGGCAGUGGCUCACGGCCAAGGUGUUAUCGUCAAAGCACAGGGAGCCAAAGGAUCACCCGCGAGUUUCGGCCUGCAAGUUAACACCAAUGACAAGUCCGACGCCAACGUCAUAUCGCAAACCGAGAUUGUGACGAAUGUUGUGAACCAGUGCGGAAGGACUUUGAAAGCCGGAAAUAUCGACGUGGGCGCCACUACCGAGGAUGCUCUGGCAGCAAACAAGGUCACCAAGGUGACAAAGGGCAGUAAAGUCGAUGUCUUUAUCCGCCAAGAUAGUACAGCCGGUGCAGGUCCAUAUACCUGUGACAUGGACCUGACAGGCAACACUGCUGGUGCCACGGGCCAGAUCAACGUCACCACCACCGAAAGCAAGGCCAACAAAAAUGGACUAAUAACCCUUCAAGUGACGAUGCCGAAAGACUUGGCAUGUAUCGGAUCAUCAACUGGCAACGUUUGCACUAUACGGUGCCGUAAUGCCAACGAGUUCGGCGGGUGUUUCGCAGUUCAGCAGACUGAUACUACGCCUGCUAAAAACACACCGCAGAACAUCCAGGCAUUCCAGUCGUUGAAGAAUAUCAACGAUCAGAUCCAACAAAACGUUGCUGAUCUCCCAGCGGCUGUCAAGGCUCUCUCGGAAUCCGGAAAAAGCGAUGCGGAGAUCGGUACUGCUAUCAUAGACGGAAUCCAGGCGGCGGACCCGGCAACGGACGGACUUGCAAAAAACCAAGCCGGCAACGGUAAUGCUGGUAACACUGGUAACAAAGGCAACAAAGGCAACAACGGCAACGCGAAUACGGGUAACUCCAACAAGGGUAACGGUAACAACCGGAAUGGCAACGGCAACAACCAGAACGGAAAUGCCAACAACAACAACAACGCCGCCGCCGGUAACAACCGCGGAUUUGGAAAUGGCUUCGGCGGGUUCGGCGGGUUUGGCGGCAACGCCAACAAGAACAACAACCAGCGACGAUCAAUCAUGCGCCGUCGCAGAUGA